UUAUAUACUCCUGCUGCCUCAGGCAAGAGACCUCCUUCCCCCUGAGAGACCAUGUGGGCCAGGCUUCUUCUCGUUGGGGUGCUCCUCUCCUUCUCUGCUGACCUCCAUGCUGCCAGUGGUGGAGAUGGUGAUGAAGAGAGCCUGAGACCUCUGAACAGUUUCUGCCAGUUGCCUCCAGAUCGUCAAAAAUGCAGCGACAAGUCCUCCAUCCGGGUCUUCUAUAACUCCCAGGCGGGCGUGUGUGAAAAGUUUGUCCAUCAAGGCUGCGAAGGCAACGAAAACAACUUCGCAACUCAGCUAGAAUGCCUGCGGGCCUGUGCCAGCCGUGAUAUUUGCCGACUCCCAAGUGAUUCUGGGUUUGGUGACGCCUAUCGGUUCCGCUUCUUCUACAACACCGUCUCCAAGGCCUGUGAGAGUUUCCUCUACAAAGGCAGCAGAGGAAACGCCAACAACUUUUGGGAUGAGGAAACCUGCACCCAGUUCUGCACAGGACCACGAAGACGGUGCCCAAAGCCCCAAGGACUUGGCAUCUGUAUUACGCAAUGCCAAUCAGACGCCGACUGUGGCAAAGGGUCAUUCUGCUGCCCCACCGGCUGUGGCACUGUCUGCCGAAGAGGAGUUGAGGAGGAGCGUUGAUCCUCCCACAAGAGAAGGUUGAGCUCCGGGAAUGGCCGUUCUUGGAUCCAACUCAAAGUGAAGACCUAGCUAUGCUGAAAGCCUCCCUCCCUCCUCCUCCUCUUCCUCCUCCUCCCUCCCUCCUCCUCCUCCCUCCCUCUCUCCCUCCUUCUCCUCUUCCUCUCACUCUCUCCUUGCCCCUCCUCCUCCUCCCUCCCUCCCUCCCUCCCUCGUUACGUGCUCCUCCUCCCUCCCUCGCUGCUCCACCUGAGGAGUCUUUGCUCCUCUGGCUGUUCCUGCUGCCUGCUCUUGCCUCCCCCUCCGCUGAUGGAGAUGACACCCCCCCCCAAUAAAAGAUCUUUCCCUCUCA